AUGACGCCUAGAACCGCAUCCAGUGCCAAAUUUACUUUCUACACUUCCUCGCCACCACAACUUGGUGCCAAGCUAGAUUUUCUACCCGUAUCUCCAUGGUCAGCGGGGAUACAGGGUGCUCCGAAGCAAAAGCUUACCGUGCCACCAAUCUUCAUUUUCCUGAGCAUCCCGCACGGCGGUCAAGAGAAAGGGCUUGGUGAUGUGAGCCACCCCCAAGGUCAUGAAUCCUCGAAAACCGAGCCUCGACCUGGCUACGGAGCUUACGUGCUCGAUUUGCACGGAGCUCCUGAGUGGUUUAGCUUUCAAAAAGAAAAGGUCGAUCGGGCACCAAGCACCCCAGCUCCAGAUGCCGUACUUUUUACGUGCCCGUCCUGUCGGGCAUCAGUUCGCGAUACCAAGCACAAUGCUACAGUGGUCACGCUACUGGACAUGUAUACAGCAGCCAAGCCUAACAAGGCCCGGACAGCAGAUGACAAGGAGGAAAUGAACAAAAAGUACCAGCGAGGAGACCAAGUCAUCCCUCAUGUUGCCACACGCGAGCGAACCGCAGACGAGCGCCGUGCAGAGGAGGAUGACAGGCGACUGUUAGAUGAGGUGCGCGAAAUAAGUCUCAGGGAGUCAGAUGGCGGUGGGCCAUUCAUACCGCCUCGACAACGCCACGGAAGCAGAGCCUCCGAGGAGCGCAUAUCCAGUCGCCGGGCAAGAGAUGACGGCCGCCCUCGCAGAACGACCAAUCAGCUUGGCAUGCUUAGCGACGGGCAUCGCGUCCAACGAAGUGAAUCUCAGCAGCGCCGGAUUGGUCACCAGUCGUCACUCAGGUCGCUUAUUAGUAGUGGAGAUAUGAGUGAGCGCGACAUUGAGCGGGAGAUUGAGGAGUUCGCUCGCCAGAUUCAGGAAGAAGGCCUUCUGGACGGACUGGAUCUCGACAACAUCGACUUAACUCGCGACGAUGAACUCAGUCGUCGAGUUACCGAGGCCUACCGGCGGCGACAGCGGGAUCGCGUCACAAGCCAGCCUACUCGCAGGGAUAGUCCGGCAACCCGCAAUGAAGCGAAUUCGGGCGCACGGGAUGGAGAAAUCCGCCUGGACCCUCGCCCUCGUCCGCUUGAAGUCAGCAAUCCUUCACGAAGCCGCGAAGGCUCCAGCUCUCGACCCGCCACGAGUAGCUCUAGCACGGAGGAGCGAGAUAGGCGCCCGCCAACGAGCCUAGAAUCUCAAACUCAAACUCGAGCACGACGCAGGACAGCGAGCGGCAGUCGUGCCGCGACGCUACCGAUUGUCCCAACCGAAACUCUAGUCCGCCCUGCGGUCCGUUCCCAAACUGACUUGACGCUUCCAAAUGAGAGAGCGGCGUCUUCUAGCCUCCGGCCCAACACAUCGGACGCCAAAAGUUCUAACGGUCCCUCCGCUCCAGCGGAGCUUCCAGGGUCAGCUGCUAUGAUCGGCUCGUCAUUUGCCAGUCGACUAGCUCGGCCGCCCACUACGAAUGCAAACGAGUCCCCGCGCACUUCUACAGAUAGCCCCCGCGCUUCCAGUGCCAGCAGGCCAAAUAGAGCGGACCUGGCCAUUAUCCACUCCGCAGCUACCACGCCGACGGUGACUUCUCCAGUGCAAUCUGGUCAUCAAAGAAAUAUGUCGCAGUUAUACCCCGAGCCGUCCAUCACUUGUAUGAGAUGUAAUAAGACACACAUCGAAUAUGAGAUACACUACAACUGCAGUAUCUGCGCGGGUGGUCAUUGGUCAAUGUGCAUAGACUGCUAUCGCUCUGGCAAGGGCUGCCAGUACUGGUUUGGCUUUGGCCACGGCGGCUGGAAUAAAUGGCGAAGGCGCCGUCAGCAGCGAAGCGAUGAGUCGCUGGCCCCUCCUCAUAUACUGACACCCAGCAGAUAUCAGCCACCACCAUCAACACCUGGAGGCGCCGAUGGUCGCAAAACACUUACGAUGGAUGACCCCCGGCUGAGGCUCGAAACCGGCAUGUUUUGCGCCAAAUGCCAAGUGUGGACAAACUAUUGCUACUGGCGAUGCGACAUCUGUAAUGAUGGCGAAUGGGGAUACUGCAAUAAUUGCGUCAAUCAGGGGCGUACCUGUUCGCACCCGUUACUGCCACUCAGCCAUGAGAUACCGGAACCGCAUAGCCGCUCACCUGGCCGGCCAACAGCUGCAAAGAUCGCCACAGAGAGUCAGAACCGGAGCAUCAGCCCCUUCCAGCCGCUAUCCUUUGCAACAACUUGCGACAUUUGCCGCAUCACCAUUACCCCAUCCGAUAUCCGCUAUCACUGUUACAGCUGUACAAGCUCACUAGUGGAAAACGCCGCGCCGGGCGACUACGACAUUUGCUCUCCAUGCUACGCAGAUCUGGUUAACAAGAGUAAGAUUAGUGCGGAAAAUGGUCACUCUGGGUGGCGCCGAUGCCUCAAGGGUCACAGAAUGGUAGUUAUAGGCUUUGCGCCCGGUGAGGUAGGCCAAUGGCGAUACAUUGAGCGUGAUUUGGUUGGAGGCCGCAAGCUUCGAAUCGAGCCUCUUGGUGACGACAGCCAAGCGGACCCGCCAUCGCAAAAGUGGUCGUGGAAGCAGGACGAUCAAAAGCUUGAAAGAUUGGUAACGCAAGAAGUGUCAGCGACAGCACCGACCAGCCACGAUUCGGUCACUUACCAGACGCUAUUCCCACCAGAUGGAGGAGUCGGCAAACGUGUCUUUGCAAAGUGGGCAUGGUUUCCAAAAGAGGAGGCAGAUGAUGAGCUGCUUUUCCCUCGUGGUGCUGAAAUUCGAGAGGCGGAGGAUGUAAACGGUGAUUGGUACUAUGGUGUCUACAUGGGUGCGAAAGGUCUAUUCCCCUCGGGCUAUGUUCGAGUUGAUGGCGAUGCUUCAUAA